AGGUCCUCUCGCUCCUCCUCCGUUCACUCCCUGGCGAAGAUGGCGGACGGCGAGAAUAAACGGGCCGACGCCGAGCCGCUCCCGAAGAGACCGAGACUCCUGGAUCCUCCCGGUGACCCGGAGCACAGCGCGAGCGGCGGAACCGAGCCGGUGGAGGCGGAACCGGCGCCGAGGACCGAGUCCCAUCAGGCCUCACUGAACCACCACCGCACCACCGAGCCCGAGCUCCCCGACCGUCCCAAUGGUUUCACAUCACCUGCUCUUCGUCACGAUGAUGAAGACGAUGAUGACGACCGCUCGUCUCGCGCCAGCUCCAGUGACUGGACGCCUCAGCCACAGAUUGGCUCGUAUCGGUUCAUUCAGCAGCACAUCAUGAGAGGAACCGACCCGAGGGCCAUCCUGAAAGACCUGCUCCCCGAAACGGUCCUCCCGGCGGAUCUGGACGACAUGACGCUGUGGCAGAUCAUCAUCAACAUCUCAGAGCCGCCCAAAAGAAAGAAACGCAAAGACGUCAACACACUAGAGGAUGUCGUGCGGCUCCUGAAGGAGAGGAGGAAGAUUCUGGUGCUCACGGGCGCCGGGGUGUCUGUUUCCUGUGGGAUCCCUGACUUUCGGUCUAGAGACGGUAUAUACGCUCGACUCGCCGUGGACUUCCCUGACCUUCCUGAUCCUCAGGCCAUGUUUGACAUAGACUACUUCAGAAGAGAUCCCAGGCCUUUCUUCAAGUUUGCCAAGGAAAUCUUCCCGGGACAGUUCCAGCCGUCUCCGUGUCACAGGUUCAUCUCCAUGCUGGAUAAGAAGGGAAGGUUACUGAGGAACUACACGCAGAAUAUCGACACACUGGAGCAGGUGGCCGGGAUCCAGAAGAUCAUUCAGUGUCAUGGCUCUUUUGCGACUGCUUCCUGUCUUGUCUGUAAACAUAAGGUUGACUGUGAGGCCGUAAGGGAGGAAAUAUUCAACCAGGUUGUUCCUCACUGUCCCAGGUGUCCGGCAGAUGUCCCGUAUGCCAUCAUGAAACCAGACAUCGUCUUCUUUGGCGAGAACCUUCCAGAGUUUUUCCACCGAGCCAUGAAGCAGGAUAAAGAUGAGGUGGAUCUUCUCAUCGUGAUCGGCUCCUCGCUGAAAGUGCGGCCAGUGGCUCUCAUACCCAGCUCUAUACCUCAUGACGUGCCUCAAGUCCUGAUCAACCGCGAGCCGCUGCCGCACCUGAACUUCGACGUGGAGCUGCUGGGAGACUGUGACGUCAUCGUGAACGAACUCUGCCAUCGUCUGGGUGGCGACUUCGAGCAGCUGUGCUACAACUCGUCCCGUCUCAGCGAGAUCACGGAGAAACCGGCUGCUCGGAGCCCGUCCACAGACGCUCAGGGGCCCGUCACAGGAGCGUCAGAGGACGCCCCGAACACUGAAUGUCAGGAUUCACUGUCUCCCAAAGAGGAGGAACCGGAAACAGCAUCUUCCCCAGCAGCCAGAAGAACAAGCCCUCGUCCAGAGCCGUUAGCGGAAACUAACACCGACGCGUUAGACUCCGACCCAAAACAACAUUCUCCGAAGACGGAGAGGAGAGCAGCGUGUGACGCCACAGAAGCACAGGACUCGACUGAUGACGUGAAGGAGGAAGAAACGGCUGAUCCUCACCAUGUUGAGGUGCGGAGACGGUGCUGGAGAAGCCGAAUCUCUCAGAGUCCGAUUAGCAAACGACUCGGAGCCUCGCAGUAUUUAUUUCAAGCCCCGAACCGCUACAUCUUCCACGGCGCCGAGGUCUACUCGAGUUCAGAGGACGAGUCGUCCAGUUCCUGCGACAGCGACAGCGACGGCUCUCCCUGCAGCGCGGACGCUGUGGAGCACGAAGACAGCGACGGAGAAGAAGACAAAGACACAGACGGCCUGGCAGAGACAGUACAGGACCACGACCACAAACGCCUUCAGACGGACUGCACCGCAGAAACAGAGCCACCAUCCACACAAUAACUCACCAGCACUCGCUGCAUUUAAUCUGCUCAAGUCUGUUUUAUAUAUUUUUGUAUUCCCCUUCCUCCUAAAGCCCUGUUCUAUCUUCUAAUGCAUGCAACUACUUUCUUUUGUUCGACUUAUAACCCUUUUUGUUUUAUCACCUUAUGCAUUUUUAGAUGUUAAAUACACAUUUAAUUCCGGUGAAUGUUUCCGCCUGAGAAUUGAGCUUGAGAUGUAAUCGCUUGGGAUAAAAAAAGGGAAUGAUUUUCAAACCAAAGAUCACUUUUUCUGUAUCGUUUUCACAAGAUCUGGUCACUGUGUCCAGUAUGUGCACCAAACCGUGGACAUUUGGCAGCUAUGGUCAGCCUACUGUUGAAGUCUUUUAUACCCAGUAAAGUUUGAUAGCCACCAAGCAGAUGUUUUCCAUUCGUUUUCAGGACGUUAUUUACAUGCAUUCACACUCGUGUAAGUCCUGUCCUCAAGCACUUAGUAAUUCUGAAUCAGUUUUUGGAGAUGCUUGUGUAUGUUGUUUGGUUCAUGCUCUCUUUGACUGUGCAUUCAAAUCUUUAUAACACUGUUAAGUUAUGAUAUCAGCACGAAUUCACGAGUCCCUCGUGCAGAGGAUGCAGUUUUGGUUGUGUUCUUAAUCUCAUUUCUUUAAUGUUAAAAAAAGACUUUUUAUGUCAGAUUUUGUUUACGUUAAGAUGGAUUGGCGAUGCUGCAAAAGAGCAAAUGAAUACUUUUUGUCACCAAAUACAGACUUCACAAACGUA